UGGACCUCGAGUCUUCAACAAAUCACACGAUCGUUCUUUUUUUCUUCUGGGGUUUUCCACAUCUUGCGUCCUUCUCAUCUCGUUUGGUUAUUGAGGGAGCAGUUGACAUGGCAUCAUCAUGGACAAGAGAGCAAAACAAGAAGUUUGAGGAGGCACUGGCUUUGUACGAUGAGAACACUCCGGAUCGGUGGCAAAGGGUGGCGAGAGCGGUCGGUGAUGGGAAGAGUGUGGAGGAAGUGAGGAGGCAUUAUGAGGCCCUUGUGAGGGAUCUCGUCAGGAUUGAAUCUGGCCAAAUCCCUCUGCCCAACUAUAGAGGAUCCGACCAAAGUGAUGAGACUAAUAGGCUCACGAGGAAUAUGAGGCUCCACUGAAAGCAAAGGGUCACUCUCAGAUCAGGAAGUCCCUUAAUUAGCCAUAAAGAAGAUGCUAAGUACGUGCCAAAUAUUUAUAACAAUAACUGUAAAUAAAGAAGCCUAAGAAAGGUGGGGAAAAAAAAAAAGAAAGAAAAAUAGGUAGAAGAGAAAAAAAGAGUGGUGAUAUUAUGCGCUAUAGGUAUUAAGACUCGUGGGUCUUGACUACUUCUGUACCUUUUAAAACUUGUGUGCGAGCUGAUAUGGUUUCCUUAAAGACUGCCGUGUGUACUUGUUCUCACAAGAUCCUUAAUUGCCCUUGUUAGCUUACAAUUACGCAAA